AUGUCACAAUCUUCAUAUAAACUUUUGAACAGAAAAGGUGGUGGUAGCAUCUCAACAAUAAUGUUCAAUCUUUGGUUACUUACCAUAAAAUUGAUAUGCAUUUUCUCCUUUGCAUAUUCAUCACAACUUGAUUAUAGAUAUGCUUGUUUAGACCAAUCUUCAACUCCUCCAUCAACAGCACAUCAAACCAACCUCAACAAAUUACUUUCAUUACUAUCAUCAGAUUCAGCUACAAGCAAUGGUUUUGGUACAAAAAUUUCAGGUAUUAAUUAUGAUCAAAACAACAUGAUUUAUGGACUAUACUUUUGUCGCGGCGACGUAAAUGCAAGUAUUUGCCAUUCAUGUGUUGAAAAUGCAAGCAAAUUGAUAAAACAACAAUGUCCAAAUAAUGCAACAGCUAUUCUUUGGUGUCCCUUUUGUCUUUUGAGAUACUCAAACAAUAAUUUCUUUGGAAAAUUAGCUGUUAGGCCAAGAAUUCCUAUGUUUGAUGCAACACAAAAUUUUACUAGUGUUGGUGAAUUUGAUAGUGAUGCAAGGAUUUUGAUGAAUGGUUUGAUACAAGUGGGAUCACAGGCACGUUUAAUGUUUGGAACACAUAUGUUUAAUAUUAAUGGUACUCAAAGAAGGUAUGGUUGGGUGCAAUGUAGUAGAGAUAUUACUAAGGAGCAAUGUAGAACUUGUUUGAGUAAUAUGCUUGAAGAUGUUGAGAAUUGUUGCAAGGAGAAGCGAGUUUGGCGAAUAUUUUCGCCGAGUUGUGUUGUUAUGUAUGAAACUCAACCGUUCUUUUUGAAAGGUGUGAACGAUGACGCGUUUGAGUCUCAAAAAGGAAAUCUAUGCUACUUUAGCAAAGACAACCUUAUAUCUUUAACUUUGUCAUGUCUUGUUAAUGCAGCCAAAGAAAAUGAUAUAAGAUCAAUUAUUUUAACAACCGUUGUUGGUACUGGAAUAGUAGUAGUAACACUAUUGGCUUUAUGCACAAACUACUUCAGGCGCUUGAAACAGAAACAAGAUAAAAAAAAUAGGCAAAACCUUCAUUCAAUGUUUCCUCAAGAUGAGAAUAACAAUGAGGAGAACGUGAAUACUGACCUACCUAUGAUACCUCUGAGUACUAUUCUAAAGAGUACUAAUAAUUUUUCUGAUAAUUAUAAAUUGGGGGAAGGUGGAUUUGGAGCUGUCUACAAGGCUGUUUUAGCAGAUGGAAGGGAAAUUGCUGUUAAAAGGCUUUCGAAAAAUUCGGUUCAAGGUGCGGAGGAAUUCAAGAAUGAAGUAACUUUGAUUGCCAAAUUGCAGCAUAGAAACCUUGUGAGAAUGUUGGCUUGCUGCAUUGAGAAAAAUGAAAAGCUUCUUAUCUAUGAAUACUUGCCUAAUUCAAGCCUUGAUAUCCAGUUUCGCGAUACGGUAAAAACUGCACAGUUGGAUUGGAAACGAAGAUUCAACAUUAUUAACGGAAUUGCUAAAGGACUUUUAUAUCUUCAUGAGGACUCUAGACUCCUAGUUAUUCAUAGAGACUUGAAAGCUAGCAAUAUACUAUUAGAUCAUGAAAUGAAUCCAAAAAUAUCAGACUUUGGACUGGCGAGAUCAUUUGGAGGAGGCCAAAGCCCGACAAAUACAGUUAGAGUUGUUGGAACUUAUGGAUACAUGGCCCCAGAAUAUGCUUUGGAAGGCUUUUUUUCAGUGAAAUCAGAUGUUUUCAGCUUUGGUAUUAUUUUGCUGGAGAUCAUCAGCGGAAAAAGGAACAAUAAAUUCCAUCUUCAAGAGCAUGGACAAAGCCUUCUAACAUAUGCAUGGGACUUAUGGAAUGCAAACAAAGGUCUAGAAUUGAUGGAUCCGUGGAUACAAGAUUCACAUGUGCCUGAUGAAGUUUUGAAGUGUAUACAAAUUGGCUUAUUGUGUGUACAAGAUAAAGCAUCUGAUAGACCUACAAUGUCAAAUGUUGUUCACAUGCUUGGAAGUGACAGAGUUUCUCUUCCCACCCCUCUAUGUUCUUCUUUUUGUGUUAGAAGGACUAAAAAAGAAGGAGGGAUUUCAUCAAAUGCUUCUUCCUCUGUCACUUUCAAUGAAGUAACCCUGUCUGAAUUGAUUCCUAGAUGAUGAUCAAUAGAACAAAUGGACAUGCUUUUCUUGUUAGCUUUUGUACAAUUUAGAAAAGCUUCAAGUUACUAGAAACACAUAAUUAUGUUUAGGAAGAUUACAUAAAUUAUUAAAUUUGUUUAAUUAUUUGAAAUAUAUCUAUAGGUACUUCCUCCGUCUCAAAUAUAAGUAAAAUUUGGUUAAAUUUGAACUAAAUACAUCAGCUUUCUUUAACCAAAAUUUGCUUGUAUUUCAUAAUAGAGUGA